CCCCCCGAGCCCCAGUUCGGGUCCAGUCGCCUCCGACUCUCGGCAGGCCCCCCGAGCAUGGCCCGCUCGCCCCCCGGCCGGGGCUGGGCCCCCGCGCCGCCCCCGCACCGCCUGCGCUCGCUGGCCCGCGCCUGGCUGGACGAGGACGCGCCCUGGCCGGACGCGGCGGGGGCGGCCGCGGGGGACACCGCGACCCGCGCCGAGCUGCUCAGCAAGGCCGGGGGGGGCCCGGGGGGCGUCCUGGCGGGGGCCCCCUUCGCUGAGGCCGUUUUCGGGGUGUCGGGGUGCCGGGUCACCUGGAGGGUGCCCGAGGGGGCGGCGCUGCCCCCCGGGCGGGCGGUGGUGGCCGAGGUGGAGGGUCCGGCCGCGGGGGUGCUGGGGGGGGAGAGGGUGGCGCUCAAUAUUCUGGGGCGCUGCAGCGGGGUGGCCUCGAUGGCCGCGAGGGCCGUGGGGGUGGCCCGGGCUCAGGGCUGGGCGGGGGUCGUGGCUGGCACCCGAAAAACCACGCCGGGUUUCCGCCUGGCGGAGAAAUACGCGCUGGGGGUGGGGGGCGCCGACCCCCACCGGGGAGGUUUGGGGGACCUCAUCCUGCUCAAGGACAAUCACCGAGCGCUGGCGGCGGCAGCGGGGGGGCUCGAGCAGAUGAUUUUGGGGGUGCGCCAGGCCGGGGGCUUCACCCGCCGGUUGGAGGUCGAGUGCUCGAGGGUGGAGGAGGCGCUGGCGGCUGCGGGGGCUGGGGCUGACAUCAUCCUGCUGGACAACCUGGCCCCACAGGAGCUGCACGCGGCAGCGGCGCUGGUCAAGGCUGCACACCCCAGGGUGAUGGUGGAGGCCAGUGGGGGCAUCGUUUUGGAGACCCUCCCCCAGUUCUUGGGGCCCCACAUCGACGUGGUGUCCAUGGGGUGUCUGACCCACAGUGCCCCCGCCCUGGACUUCGCACUGCGGGUGCUGGAACCCUAAAAUCCAUCCCGGGACCCUGAAAACCCAUCCUAGAACCCCCAAAAUCCAACCUGGGACCUACAAAAAUCUACUCCAGAAUCCCAAAACCCAACCUGAGAUGCCCAAAUCAAUCCCAGGGAGAGCGAAACUCACUGUGAAACUCCAAAGUCCACCCUGGGAAUCCUCAAACCCCAAAGGCCCCUCUGCUGAGGGGACUGUAAAAUCUGGCACUGAGUCUUCCCAUCUGCCAGAGGCACCAAUGCCUGAGACCUCCCCGCAUUCUGGGACUCCAAAAUCCAUCUUGGGACCCACAAAAUCUAUUUUGGACCCCAAAAUCUAUCUUGGAACCCCCUAAAUCAAUUCUGGGACCACAAAAAUCCACCCUGGGCCCCUCCAAAACCUACCCUGGGAUCCCCAAAUCUCCCCUGAGACCCCACAAAGCCCACCUUGGGGAUCCCAAAUCUCCAUCCUAGGGUCCUCCCACUCACCUUCCCCCUCUAAGGUGGACCCAAAAUUCCAUCCUGAGGUGUCUCCUUCCCCCUUUUCUCUUUGUACCCUCAAAUAAACCCCUGCCUCACUCCAGCACGUCCCUCCAGUUUUUUCAGGGUGCCACCCUCAAAACCCUCAAGUUUUGCACUCGAUGCAAAACCAGCCACUUUAUAACCAACAAAAGUGGGGGUUGUGCCCACUGACCUGUUGAGCCCCUACUCCAAACCAGUGUCAGUUCUGCUGCUCCAUCUGGGAUGGGCCUUUUGCAAGGAACUCCCAUCUCCUCCCUGAGUAUCUGGAAUGAAAAAUAAAAAUCCUUUGCUUUGCUGUGGGAAUUUGCACCUGGGGAAUGAGCCCCUAGUUGGGACAAGAGUUUAAAGGGCUGAGACCCAGUUGAGGGGUCCCAGAUCCCAGUUUGAGGGUCCCAGACCCACCACCAGCACACCUGGCACCACCACAACACUGGGAAUUGGGAUCAGAGGAGAAAUCCUGCUGUAAACCACAAAAGCAGCAUCUGAUUCCUGGCCUGAUCCCGCCCAGCUCCAUCACACCUGUGUGUGCCACCUGCCUGCAGGUACCUUUGGGAUUGCUCUAGGUGCAGUUGGUGCUUUCUGAAAUAAUCCACAAUUUUACACCUAAA